UCCAUCGAUCAUGACGGCUUGAUAUAAUUGCCACUUCAGAUUACCUUAUAUUGAUACUUUUAUCCUCGAUUGUCUUUGCAGAAGAAUAUACAAAGUUUCAGUAAAGAUUCAUUCAUCAAAACCCCGAUAAACUUCACAAAAGUUACAGCAGAGAUCUUGAAAUAGUCUCAAGUCCUACAAUCUGCCUUUCCAACCUAUCUCUAUUAAACUUUUCCUCCUCCUCAUUUUCCUCACAAUAAUGGCAGCCAUUCCCAAUUUCCUCAACCGUCUUAUUCGGCCAUUUACAUCCUCAUCUUCUCUCUCCGUAACUCCCGCCGCCGCAUCCCAAGUCUCCGUUCCGGAAUCGGCGCAAAAAUGCACCAUUGCCGCAGGCUGUUUCUGGGGCGUCGAACACAUGUAUCGCAAAGAAUUUAGCGGGAAAGGUUUAUAUGAUGCACGAGUGGGAUAUAUUGGAGGUGAUACCGAGAAUCCUAAUUAUAGAGCUGUGUGUUCAGGUAACACUGGUCGUAUGUUCUAUUCCAUUCCUCAAUCUUCAACCACUUGAUUUUUUAACUUCUUUACAGACGCGGAGGCUUUACAAAUCCAUUAUGAUCCCUCACAAAUAACCUACCGCCAAUUAAUAACCUAUUUCUAUCGCAUGCAUGACCCUACGACUGCGGACCGCCAAGGACCAGACACAGGCUCACAGUAUCGCUCUGGAAUUUUUUAUCACAAUGAAGAACAAGAGAAAGAGGCGCGUGAAAUUACUAAGCAGGUCAAUGAGAAAUGGUGGAAAGGAAAGGUAGUUACAGAAAUUUUGAAGGCGGGUGAGUGGUGGGAUGCAGAGACAUAUCAUCAGAAGUAUUUGGACAAGAAUCCCGGCGGUUAUGAAUGUCCAAGUCAUUUUUUGAGGAACUUUCCGCCUUUGGAGGAUUAGGGUGGUAUAGAUUGGAGACACUGGGGGAUGAAUAUGGGGUUACGAAGACGGCCUUGUGGAAAGGAGGUAGAUUGAGUGUAUUAUAAAGAUUCCAAUUUCGCAUUCUUAUGAGAGUAGGAUUUCCUAAAAAAGUUGAAGGUUCUUUUAUGAAAAAACAAAAAUUCAAAGACCAUGGCGUGGAGA